UAUAUCUAGAUACAUGUUUGUGUAUCUGAACUUGAAACCCUCUCAUGGCUUCUUCUUCUUCUCCCUCGCCUUGCACACUGAGUUACCACGCCUUCACGAGCUUCCACGGACCUGACCUUAGUAAAACCUUUAUCAGUCAUCUACACAAACAGUUUACCAGCAAUAGGAUUACGAUGUUCGAUGAUGAAGGAGUCGAGAGAGGACACACCAUCGACCCUGCUCUCACACAAGCGAUUAGAGAAUCAACGAUCUCUAUCGUGGUGCUCACCAAGAACUAUGCUUCUUCCAGCUGGUGUUUGGAUGGGCUUUUGGAGAUUUUAAAAUGCCGCCAAGCUGGUAAACUAAUAGUGAUGCCAGUCUUCUACGGAGUAAGACCAAAUGAUGUGCAGAGACAGACCGGAGAUUUCGGGAAAGGUUUCGAGAAAACUUGUCGUGGUAAAACAAUUUUGGACAAGGGAAGAUGGAGUCAAGCUUUGAAUAAAGUGUGCAGUUUGAAGGGGUUUAUGUUCAGUCCCAGGGACGAUGAAUCAGAGCUAUUUGAAAAGAUUGGUAGAGAAGUGACAGGAAUCUUACAGAGGAUUGAAUAUCUUAUUGCUAGAGAAGACACGCUAAAUCCUACAACUUCGACCAACAAAAGCCGGUGUUCCAUUGAUUUGGUCUUCCUCGUCGUCAUCAUCAAUUUGCUCCUGGAGAUUACAUCGGCGGUUGCAGACCAGCUCUCUUCAUCAACUCGCAAGCCUUGUUUCGCAAGAAUCUCUUUAGUCAUGUCAAUUCUCUCUCUUAUCCUCACCAUCAUUGACUUCACUGACAAAAUCAGAGUCCAUAAAGUUCAUUUCCGAUGCAAGUUGCCUAUUCCUUGGUUCUACUAUCCAGCACGUGACUACAGUACAAGAUUUGGUAGUUCCACAGAUAAUAUCUUAUUAUUCUGUGUUGCUGGUCAGUUAAUAGUCUCCACGAUCAAUUUCAGCUUCACUGAAAGAGGACGCGACGGUCCCAUUAAAGUGUCAGUGUGGCCUCUCGUAUUUGCUAUUGGUAUAGUUGUCUCCAAGUUCACGGAGAAGCCACCCAUUUCGAAGAAUAAUUAA